GGUGGUGGCUUGUCGUCGUCGUUCGUGUCUGCUGCGCUGCUGAAUUUGGCUCCGCCGCACACAGGCAGGUCAGUCGAUUUUUCACCCAGAGAGAGUGCGGCGGUUUUGGUGCGGGCCAGCGUAGAAGCAAAGCAAAGUGGAGUGAAGUAAAGAAAAGCAGCAGCAAAAAGAGUUUCAACGUGUGUGUGUGUGUGCGUUCGCUACUCUCCCCGUGGAGGAAAAAAAAAGUUCCGUUUUUCCGCACACCACCGAAGAAGGGACCAGCGGCGUGUCGUGCGAAAAUCCGGAUUUUCCACCGGUGGAAACCCUUCGGAGUGUCGUCGGGCUGUGGCCAUUUUGAGAGGUGUUUGCUAAAAACGGGGCAUUUUCGAGCCAAAGUUGGCCAUCACGAGCUCUCUGUGUCGGUGCGUGUUUGUGUGUGUGUGUGCGCGCAAGAAGGCUAGCAGAAGAAGAAAGAGAAGGCCCCUGGCCACACAAGGGAGAAGAAGAAGAGGAGCAGCAGCAGCUUGGAAGUUCCCUCGAAAGGGGAAUGUUCCGGAUUGUGUGGCGGAAAGGUGGUCCCCGUUGAGGAAUCGGUGAAAAAGGUGGCCGUCGUAACCCGUGAGAGGGAGAGGAAAUUGUCCGCGGAGGAAGAAGAAAAAAGUGGUUCCCUCUUGAAGGCGACGAAAAAGAGGCACAAAAAAGGGAAAAAUUGUGUUGAAUCGGCAAUUUCGGUCAGCUUCAGUGUGUGAGCGUGAACACCGGAACCGUCGGAACGGAACCCAGCGGGGCGAAAAUUUCGGAGUUGGCCAGAUUGGUGACGCAAAGCGACGAAAAACGCUGAGCGAACGAAAAAAGCAAAAGAUUCUCCGGAACACAGAGCGAGCGAGAGAGAGAGUGGAGAGCGCCGAGCGGAAGUGUUUUGGAGCAGGUUCCGGAGCGGAACUGUGUGUGUGUGUUGUGCAAACGGAUUACCUUCGGAGUUCGGACCAGCUGCCAACUUGGAGGACGCGAAAAGAGGCUCAAUUCUGACGGACAGUAAACUCCCUGGUAAGCAAAUGACUCGCUAAAACACCCAGUCGCUCCUCCCACGUACCGCGGACCACACGACGAACGACUCCUCAACACCGGAACACCUCCCAGCUGUGCGGUGAAGUGUCUGCGGAAAACCAAAAAUGCACCGCCGGCAAGUGCUGCAACCGGUUGUAGUUGUUGUUGUUGAACACGACCAGCACCAUCGCCACCCAACAACCACCACGUGUGAAAAGUGAUCUGCGCACACGUGUGGGUGUGUGUGUGCUUGUGUGCCGGAAGAAGAAAGUGUGCGAAGAAGUGGAGUGACCCCAAAAUCGUUGGUGGAGGAGAAGAAGGUGGAGGUCUGUAACUGCCCCGCGUGCGAUUAAAAUCAAUUUCAGCGUUCCAAUUUGGGUGAGCCUCUAGUGUGAGCUGUUUGGUGUGAAUUACUAUUGUGGGUUUGUGUGCAAACAACUUGGCCGGAAGAGUUUUUUUUUUUGCCCGGGUGGUGGUAUUAGUGCGCGAGAGGGGUCAAACUGACGGACGUCAAGUUGGCAGCAGUAGCAGCACCGGCAGUUGGUACGACGACCAGCAAUAGCAGCAGCGCCACCAUCACCAUGUCGGCCACGAUGCGAACCACGCUGCAGACCGUGCCGGAGUCGUUGCCGGCCGAUCACGUCACAAAUGCCGGCGCCGGCGCCGGAACCGGGGGCCCCGUCCAGGGUUCGGGCACGCAGACCGAGGUCAAGUCGCACUCGCACACCACGGCCUCGGCCGGCGUCAAGACGCGACAGUCGUCGAGCAAGCUGCCGAUCGUCGUUGCCAUGUGUUGAAGUGAAAGUGAAGACUGUAUAGGUUUGACUCGGUGACAGUGUGUUUGUGAACUCUGUUUUGAACUCAAAAAGUGACCAAGUGACCAUGGCUUCGAA